AUGGCCGCUGGAGACAACAGUGGCAGGCCUCCCUGUCUGAACUUCUCGGGCCCGGGUCCUUUGGGAAACAGCCAGCCGAGUAACAGUGUUUUCUCUAUGCCUGCCUCCAAUGGCGGAGCUGUGGGGGCGGGCGGGGGCCCUCAGGGUGCAGCCCGACGGCCGAACCCGCAGCUGGGGCCUGGAUCCGCGGACAACAGCGGUGUGUCGAGCGGAGCUCCGCCUGCGCACAACUCCGUGCAGCAACAGUGCUCUGCGGGAUCUGGAGCCAUGGCCCCCGCCUCCAAUAUGAGCUCCAGUGGUGCUUCUAAUGCCCCUCCGACCACUGCGCCCGCGCCUCCGAUGGCAGCCGCGUCCGUGCUGGUUUACCGGGAGCCUGUUUACAACUGGCAGGCGACAAAAAGCACAGUCAAAGAGAGGUUUGCGUUCCUCUUCAACAACGAAGUGCUGAGCGACGUGCACUUCUUAGUUGGCAAAGGCAUGGGCGUCCAGAGAAUACCUGCGCACAGGUUCGUGCUCGCAGUGGGAAGUGCUGUGUUUGACGCGAUGUUUAACGGAGGCAUGGCCACCACCUCCACGGAGAUCGAGCUCCCUGACGUUGAACCAGCUGCGUUCCUGGCGCUCCUCAAGUUCUUGUACUCUGAUGAGGUGCAGAUUGGACCAGAAACGGUAAUGACCACACUAUACACAGCUAAAAAGUAUGCAGUACCAGCCCUGGAGGCUCACUGUGUAGAGUUCCUCAAGAAGAACUUGAGAGCAGACAAUGCAUUCAUGCUGCUGACACAGGCUCGAUUGUUUGAUGAACCUCAACUUGCAAGUCUCUGUCUUGAAAACAUAGAUAAAAACACAGGAGAUGCUCUUGCUGCAGAAGGAUUCACGGACAUUGACCUAGAUACGCUGGUGGCGGUGCUGGAGAGGGACACUCUUGGCGUGCGGGAAGUGCGCUUGUUCAGUGCAGCAGUGCGCUGGGCCGAGGCUGAGGCUCACAGACAGCAGCUUCAGCCCACCCCAGAAAACAAACGCAAAGUCCUGGGCAAGGCUCUGUCACUGAUCCGAUUUCCUCUUAUGACCAUUGAAGAGUUCGCUGCAGGUCCUGCCCAGUCCAGUAUUCUGACCGACAGAGAAGUUGUUAGCCUCUUUCUACACUUCACCGUAAAUCCAAAGCCACGAGUAGACUUCAUCGACCGCCCUCGGUGCUGCCUCCGCGGGAAGGAAUGCAGCAUUACACGUUUUGCUCAGGUGGAAAGCCGUUGGGGAUAUAGUGGGACCAGUGACCGCAUCAGGUUUUCUGUAAAUCGAAGAAUAUUUGUGGUUGGAUUUGGCCUUUACGGGUCAAUACAUGGACCAACAGACUACCAAGUCAACAUCCAGAUCAUACACACCGACAGUAACACGGUGCUGGGACAGAAUGACACAGGCUUCAGCUGCGACGGUUCCGCCAACACCUUCAGGGUCAUGUUUAAAGAACCAGUCGAGAUCCUGCCCAAUGUCAACUACACCGCCUGUGCUACACUGAAGGGUCCAGACUCUCACUAUGGCACUAAGGGAAUGCGCAAAGUUACCCAUGAGUCAUCGACUACCGGCACAAAGACCUGUUUCACCUUCUGCUACGCUGCUGGGAACAACAAUGGCACUUCGGUGGAGGACGGACAGAUUCCAGAGGUCAUCUUUUACACAUAG